AUGAUACGUGUUCUACCAGACUUGCCCUCCGGUUCUCAAUUUGCCUUCUACUGCACACUCACAGUCAUCCGCGUAGACGACUUUAGUCGGGAGUUGUUAGUACUCAUGGUGAACCCACGCAUUACACCCCGACGCACUGAGUUCCCCCGUCUGCUACCGGCGGACUCUUUGCUUGAGACUAGUGAAUCCGAACUAGCUCUCAGUAACUUAGACGCUUUGCGUCUUAAUGCUUUAAAACUUGCCCCUACGUCAACUAGUGCGGCGGAGCUGCAUCGCAUGUGGAUUCCAUGCCCUCAUGCGAUCAAGCGCAAGCACCUUUCCGAGGUACUCGAUGAGCUUGCGAAAGACGACCAACCACAGUUGUGGAAUGACGCACGUCAGGCUCGUCUUCUUCGAGACUUUAAGCUGAUCCCUAAUUCGGGGAUCCGUUUGACGUGCACGGCCUACGACACUGCUUCUAAACUCAGUUUGGUCAAGCUUAAUGCGUUUGGUCCCCAAAUCCAAAUCGCACGGUUUUCGAAGUACGGUUCUCGUUACUACGUUGAUCUGGUCCGUCUGCCUGACGAAGUCACGGACCGCGUGAUUUUUGAUUGGUUUGCGGAACAUGGUGCACCUCCGACGUGUGUCCUACCCACGUUCGUGCGAAACGGUCUUCCAUCGCGCGAACGUACCGUUUAUUUUGGGCAAGAUCAGGAGCUUUCUGUCUUGGACCCUUCUCAAGACAAUCCUCUUCGUGAGAUUGAAUUUUCAUCGCCGGACGACGGCAUGGUCAAGCUUCGUGCGUGUUUCGUCAACCACGAAGUGGCAAGUUACAACCGUGUAACGCCUCCGUCAAUUCGUCUACGUCAAGAGGCAGAUGCCGCGCGCAAGGCGACUGAAUCUGCGGCGUCUUCACCAUCUAGUUUGUUCUCACCAUCUGGUGCUCCUAUUCCUUCUGAUCCCAAGGGACAUGUAUCGUCUCUUCGGAAAUCGAUUUUCUGCACGACACCUGAUUUACCAGCGGAUUCUCCACUUGAUUCUUCACUGGAUUUAAAAGCUGAUUCUUCAGGCUCUCCCGUUGCACCUUCGGAUCAAGACACCUCUCCUACUGAUGACGUCGCCAUGAAUGGGUUGGACAAGGCCCGCCUUCAGUUCAACCAAGAUUUACUUUCACGAUAUCAAGUCGUCGCUUUUCAAGAAACCAAGCUUUCAAGUUAA